AUGUCUCUCACAAACGCCUCCCCCGAGGCUGCAGCUAGCGCCGCAAAGACAGCAUCUUUCACUCUCGCAACCCUCCCUGCCAGCGAGCGCAACAAUGCACUUGAAGCCAUCCACGCUGCCUUGACGGCCUCAAAAGACGAGAUCCUCGCAGCCAACGCCAAGGAUCUUGAGCUGGCAAGGAAGGCUGCCGACGAGGGCGGUCUUAGCCAGGCUCUUGUAUCGCGAUUGGAUCUCGGAAAGAAGGGAAAGUGGGAGGAUAUGCUAAAGGGGAUCUUGGAUGUGAGGGAUCUGAACGACCCAAUUGGCCAGAUUCAGAUGAGGACAAAGCUCGACGAUGACCUCAUCAUGGAGCGCGUCUCAUGUCCCAUUGGUGUCCUCCUUAUCAUUUUCGAGGCCCGUCCCGAAGUCAUCGCCAACAUCGCUUCUCUUGCUAUCAAGUCUGGAAAUGCUGCCAUUCUCAAGGGCGGAAAAGAGUCCACAGAGUCCUUCGUGGCCAUCUCAAAGGUCAUCUCAUCAGCUCUUGAGACCACAAAGGUCCCCAACUCAGCCAUCCAGCUCGUCACAACUCGCGACGUCAUCUCCCAGCUCCUCGCCCAGGACCGCUAUAUUGACCUUGUCAUUCCUCGCGGAUCAAAUGAACUUGUUCGUUACAUCAAGGAGUCCACAAAGAUUCCCGUUCUUGGCCACGCUGAUGGUCUCUGCCACAUCUACUUGACAGCCUCUGCCGAUAAGGAAAAGGCCAUUGCUGCUAUUGUGGACUCCAAGACCAGCUAUCCUGCUGCCUGCAACGCCGUCGAGACCCUUCUCGUCCAGGAAUCAGCUCUGAAUACCAUCUUCCCUGCUGUUGCUUCCGCCCUUGCGGCCAAGGGAGUUUCCCUCCGAGUCGACGAGCCCAGCAAGGUUGCCAUUUCUUCUCUUUCACUAGAAGGCGUUCAAGAUGCCACCCCUCAAGAUUAUGACACUGAGCAUCUAUCUCUCACCAUUGGCGUAAAGACUGUUUCCUCUAUUGACGAGGCCAUAAACCACAUCAACACCCACGGCUCUCACCACACCGACGCUAUCAUGAGCUCUGACUCUGCCGAAGCCGAACGUUUCAUGAACGAGAUUGACUCAGCUGGCGUAUACUGGAAUGCCGCUACUCGUCUUGCCGACGGCAUGCGUUACGGUUUCGGUACCGAAGUUGGUAUCAGCACAAACAAGAUUCACUCUCGUGGUCCAGUCGGCCUUGACGGACUGACUAUUUACAAGUACAAGAUCAGAGGCGACUACCAGGCUACUGCUGACUAUGGAGACGGAGAAGGCAAGAAGCCCUGGAAGCACGAGAAGUUGUCGCUCUAG